AUGGAAGGGGAUUCGACUGCCAUUAGUAUUGUGGAGACACCCAAGGAAAGGAAAGGAAAAGCACCCCUUUUGGCAGCUCCACCAGGUGGUUCAAGCAGCAGCACCAAACCAGUGGUGGUUCAACCAGCUGCAGCUGCAACAAAGGGUGAUCGAUACAAGAGAGGUUUAGCCGUGUUCGAUGUGGUUGUGAGGCUAGCAGGUGUGGCUACUGCUUUAGCAGCAGCCAUAGCCAUGGCUUCAACAGAACAGACUCUACCUUUUUUCACCCAGUUCUUCCAGUUUCAAGCUGGCUACGAUGAUUUACCAGCUUUUACGUUUUUCGUGGUUGCAAAUGCCAUAACUGCGAGUUAUCUGGUUCUCUCGAUUCCCAUCUCGAUUGUGUGCAUUAUACGCCCACAUACAAUCAAGCCAAGGGUCGUCCUCAUGUUCUUCGAUACUGCUAUGGUUGCUUUGACAACAUCAGCAGCGGGUGGGGCUGCAUCCAUAGUCUACUUGGCUCAUAACGGGAAUGGAGAUGCGAAUUGGCCGGCAAUCUGUCAACAGUUUAACGAUUUCUGUCAGAAAGCUAGCGGGGCGGUGGUGGCUUCUUUUCUCUCGGUGGUUGUCCUUAUGGUGUUGGUCGUCUUGUCUGCCUUUUCUCUUUAAAACUUGUGAAAUGAAGUUGGUGACUUGUGUUUAUUUUUCAUUCAAAAUUUGAGGGACUGUUUAUGGCUUUCUUGAGUUCUUAAAGGGGGUGAUUUGGAUUGAUGGU